CUCAUGGUUCCGAGGAAAGUAAGCCCGCCGUGCAAGAACGUUACUGAAAGUAAUAGUAGCACCUUACAACCUGUCGACACGAUGAAACUGGAAGGCAGCUUAGAUCAUGCCGAUGCAUCAUCUAUGAAGUCGAUCAUUGCAAACCUGCGACCGAAUCUUCAGCAAUACGAGUCACUGUACAAAAGGAUUCAUGCGAAUCCAGAGCUCUCUCACCAGGAAUCGGAGACAGCGGCGUUGAUCGAGCACUUUCUAAGGGACCUGAGCCCAAAGUUUGAAAUUCGCACCAAAAUUGGAGGCCACGGGUUGAUUGCAAUUCUGCGCCAUGGGCCGGGGAAAACCGUGCUGCUCAGGGCAGACAUGGAUGCGCUUCCAGUAGCAGAGAAGACUGGCCUCGACUAUUCGAGCCGACGUAGUCAACUCGAUGCGCAGAGGAAGAAAACAGCCGUCAUGCAUGCCUGUGGACAUGAUAUGCACGUUGUAUGUCUCUUAGUCGCUGCUGAGACGCUCCUAGCAGCACACGAUUUAUGGUCUGGAACGAUAGUAUUCCUAUUCCAGCCGGCCGAGGAGGCGGGCGAUGGUGCACUCGGCAUGGUCGAUGACGGCCUUUUCGACCCAAUUCGUCAUGCUUGCCCGCUUCCGGAUAUGGUAUUGGCACAACACGUUGCUCCCAUCCGAGCCGGGAUGGUGGUGACCAAGCUUGGCCCUAUCAUGAGCUCGUCGGACAGUCUCAAGGUGACAAUUUUCGGCAGGGGCGGGCAUGGCAGCAUGCCGCAUCGUUGUAUUGACCCGGUGGUCAUCGCAAGCCAUAUUGUGGUGCGGCUGCAGACAAUAGUGAGUCGAGUCGUAGCUCCGGACGCGGUUGCUGUGAUCACCGUUGGCUCCAUCCAUGCCGGCGAAGCAGACAACGUGAUCUGCGACCAAGCUUUCUUCACCGUCAACAUCCGGACUCUGGACGAGACAGUGAGGCAGACAGUCCUCGAAAAUGUGAAGAAGACGAUUACCGCAGAGUGUACGGCGGGCAACUGUGAAAGGCCACCUCAAAUCGAACACUGCAUGAGUAUACCCCUUACUUCAAAUACAGCAGCUCCGCAUCAAGAGCUUUGUCAUGUGUUCCGGGAGUAUUUCUCCCCAUCCUUCCAAGUGGCAGAAAAGAGUAGCUUGGCAAGCGAGGAUUUCAGUAUAUUGGCGUCGUCCAUUGGAAAGCCAUAUUACUUCUGGCUCUUUGGUGGCACAGAAUCUAAGCUUUGGGAUUCACUCAUGGCGUCCAACCAGCUUGAAAAACUCCCCAUCAACCACAGUCCCGAGUUCGCUCCUGCUAUUCAUCCUACCAUGCAAACAGGUGCAGAUGCGAUGACGGUGGCUGUCCUUGCGAUCCUUCGAAAAUGAUCUGAAUGCGGCAGAAAUCCCAGGCAUGAAAGGGUGUCUUUUUCCAGCGCAGGACGGGAGAAGAUGCGGGAGCAUCUAUCAACAGCCAUUCUGUGCAUGCCGACCAAUAUUUUGCGACUGACAGUAGAGCAAGAAGUAGACGUUAUGACGAACUGAUUCGGCGAAGUGGAGGGGUGCGGAGGGCAAGUUAGGCGAUUAGGCUUAAAAGCGGCAGGCCUUGCACAU